AUGGAAACAUUCACAAUACAUGAUAUGGUCUUCAAUACCACAGAUAUUUACAAAAUAUUGUGUGGAUUCGGUUUAAAAAAUAUGUCAGAGUGCGAGAAUGAGACCGAGACAAUCACCACAAUGACACCACGGGAGCCUAAAGAUAUAAAUCAAAUGGUCCGCAUCGUCCUCUACUGCCUCAUCUUCCUCCUCAGUGUCCUGGGCAACAGUCUCAUCAUUGCCGUAUUGGUGCGGAACCGGCGGAUGCGAACGGUUACCAACCUCUUCCUGCUUUCUCUGGCAGUCAGCGACCUGAUGCUCUGUGUGUUCUGCAUGCCCUUUACCCUAAUUCCCAACUUGAUGGAAAAUUUUGUCUUUGGCAGUGGCAUCUGUAAAGUGGCCACUUACUUCAUGGGUAUCUCGGUGAGCGUAUCCACCUUCAACCUGGUUGCCAUUUCCCUGGAGCGUUACAGUGCUAUCUGCAAUCCUCUAACGUCACGCACCUGGCAGACCAAGUCCCAUGCAGCCAAGGUGAUCACUGCCACUUGGCUACUGUCCUUCCUGCUCAUGCUACCCUAUCCCAUCUUCAACACCCUGGUACCGUACCGCCGCACCAACAACAGCACAGGCAACAUGUGCCGCCUCCACUGGCCCAGCGACAUCAUCCAGCAGUCGUGGUAUGUGUUCCUGUUAUUGAUCCUCUUCUUGGUGCCGGGAAUUGUGAUAAUGACGGCAUACGGUCUCAUCUCUGUCGAGCUCUACAGAGGAAUCAAGUUUGAAAUCGCUAACAGGAAGUCAAACAGAGAGCGUGAGAGCAGCACUGGAAGUCUAAAGCCCAGUGACAGCGAUGGCUGUUACCUCCAGCCCUCCAAGAGGAAGCGAUUGGAACCCCCGUCGCCACACCAGGCCCUGGCAGGAGGGAGCUCCAGCGAGGCCAAACCCAAGCUGAACCGCGUGUGCAGCAGCAGCCCCACAGCCAAUCUGGUGGCCAAGAAGCGCGUCAUCCGCAUGCUCCUCGUCAUAGUGGUCCUCUUCUUCCUCUGCUGGACGCCUGUGUUCGCUGUGAACGCCUGGCGGGCAUUUGACAAGAACUCAGCCAACCGACUGCUGUCGGGCGCACCCAUCUCGUUCAUCCACCUGCUGUCAUACACGUCGGCGUGCGUGAACCCUAUCAUCUACUGUUUCAUGAACAAGCGCUUCCGCCAGGGAAUGCUGGCCACCUUCACCUGCCGCGCAUGUGGCCUGGACAGUGAGGCCAGGGCCGGUGGGCGCUUUGGGGUCACGGCUGGUGUGCUUACAGGUAUGGGCUGUGGAGGAGGGGCAGGGCAAGAGAGUGGGACUGUACCCUCCAGUGGGACACUGACCCGACUCACAUACUCCAGCGUCCGCGGGUCCGCACAGGCGUAG